AUGGGAGGUGCAGCAUGGAUCGUUCGAGACCAUGGUGGUCUCCCUCUCUCACAUAGUAGACGAGCAUUCUCUGGCCAUACUUCGUGUAUAGAAGCAGAACUUCAGUCUCUUUUGUGGAGCAUCCGCGCGCUUAUUGACUUAAGAAUCAAAUGGGUAGUCAUUGAGUCCUCACUCACUCAAGUUAGAGAGGCGCUUCUUAAACCUGAUGAGUACCCGGAAUGGCGACAUCUGAUUGAUACCAUUAGUGUCUUAUUGAAUGAAUUUGAUGGAGUGAGUUUGGAACAUGUAGUUGCUGGCAGAAACAGGAUUGCCAAUGCUAUUGCACUAAGUGUGACAAGGGAUCAUCGUUACCAAUCCUAUGUAGCUACAGGUGGUCCUACAUGGCUGAGUUCCCUAUUACGAGAGGAGGAGUUGAACUCGGUGGCUCGUGCGUAG